AUGUUCUGGCGCCCAAAAAUUCGCAGGUGGAUCAGAUCAACGACAUGGUGCUCGACCUGCUUCCGGGCGACGCUCAAACGUUCUACAGCGCGGAUUCGGUCGACAAUGAAAACGAAUCACUGUUCUCGAUCGAGUACGUUCAGAGUCUCAACAUCGCCGGGAUGGCGUUGCUCCACACUCGACGCGGGUCUCGACGACGGUCUGAGCCCAUCAUCGGGCUCCCAGAGAACAAAAAAGUAG